AUGAAUCACCAAAGUUUACCAGAUCAUUCUAACCACAAUGUGAACCAUGAACAUUCACAAGAGAAUUUUGAUAAAAGUAGGAAUCACCAAAGUUUACCAGGGCAUUCUAACCACAAUGUGAAUCAUCAACAUUCACCAGAGAAUUUUGAUAAAAGUAUGAAUCACCAAAAUUUAUCAGAGCAUUCCUAUCAAACUAUGAAUUAUCAACUUUCACCAGAGAAUUAUCAUAAAAGUAUGAAUCAGCAAAGUUUAUCAGAGCAUUCUAAUCAAACUAUGAAUCAUCAACAUUCACCAGAGAAUUUUCAUAAAAGUAUGAAUCACCAAACUUUAUCAGAACAUUCUAGUCAAGCUUUAAAUCAUCAACAUUCACCACAGAAUUUUCAUAAAGCUAUGAAUCACCAACGUUUAUCAGAGUAUUCUAGUCAAACUAUGAAUCAUCAACAUUCACCAGAGAAUUUUCAUAAAAGUAGGAAUCACCAAAGUUUAUCAGAGCAUUCUAGUCCAACUAUGAAUCAUCAACAUUCACCAGAGAAUUUUCAUAAAAGUAUGAAUCACCAAAGUUUAUCAGAGCAUUCUAGUCAAACUAUGAAUCAUCAACAUUCACAAGAGAAUUUUCAUAAAAGUAUGAAUCACCAAAAUUUAUCAGAGUAUUCUAGUCCAACUAUGAAUCAUCAACAUUCACCAGAGAAUUGUCAUAAAAGUAUGAAUCACCAAAGUUUAUCAGAGUAUUCUAGUCCAACUAUGAAUCAUCAAAGAUUAUCAGAGCAUUCUAGUCCAACUAUAAAUCAUCAACAUUCACCAGAGAAUUUUCAUAAAAAUAUGAAUCACCAAAGUUUAUCAGAACAUUCUAGUCCAACUAUGAAUCAUCAACAUUUACCAGAGAAUUUUCAUAAAAUUAUGAAUCACCAAAGUUUAUCAGAGCAUUCUUAUCACAAUGUGAACCUACAACAUUCGCCAGUAGUGAAUAUAAAUACGAUGCAAAUUAAUAGAGCACAGCAAGAUAUGAGUGUGGUGCAUAAUAGGCAUGCUAACGAUAGGAAAAGACCUGUGACCGAAACAACUUUAUAG